CAUGGUCCGGGCGGUCCUUCCCGUGCGAGAAACGUUCUUUUAUUCUUUUUUCUAGUUUAUCACACGCUAAGGCCGCUCGAUACUAACAUUGUUCUUUGUCUUUUUUCAGCACCAAACCCAGAUCUUCCUAUGGAUGACAAUAGAGUUAUCGCAGCCGGUGGGGCCGGUAAGCGGAAAAAAUCCCGGAAGAACCCCCAACCUACUCCCACCAUUAUUCCAGCUCAGGAUGCUGCCCCUUCUCAACCGUUUCCAGAGCCUCAGCCAAUACAGCAGGUCCACCAGGACCAACUCGAGGCCAUGCUGGUCGACGACCGGUUCGACUCUGACCAAAUGCAUCAAUUUUCUCAGCAUUUCGACUUCGUUCGGGGGGGACCCUCGAAUGCAGGUGAGACCCACACCGAUCAUAUUACGGGUCAGGUCGAGCGGAUCUCCUUAUCUGAUCCCGUCCACGAUGUUCUAGAAAGGGCCGGUUCUACCGCAAGCCAGAUCUGGUCGACCUCCUCUUGGUUUAACAACUUUUCCCUUCCUCAGUUGCCGGUCGAGCAAUCUGAAGAAUGUCUGGCUUUGACCGCUCUGAAGGUACGUUAUCUUUUGCGCUUUGUUUUAUUUUAUUCUCUGUAAUCAGUACUAACUCUCGAACGGUACUCUGUAGAUGGGUUUGUACACCCUUCAGAUGCGAGAAGCCCGUCUGGCUAAGGAGCGGGAACUGAUUGUCGCCCAAUCUUCUGCUGAGCAAAAUGCUGCUGCAGCCAUCACCUCUCUGGAGGCCGAACGGAGGGCCUUUGCGGAGGAGAAGCAGAGGCUGGAUGCUGAGCUCGGCACCCUUCGGGUCCAGCUUGCAGCUUCCCAGGCCAAGGUCCUUGCUGCUGAGGCCGCACAGGUUAAAUUUGAAGAAAUGCCAUCCAGCAUCCCGGACGGUCCCUAUGAAGUCAACGUGGAUCUGUCCGUCGUCCGGGAAACAUUGAAAUCCUCUGAUGAAUUCUCCAUCAUCAAGGAUGAUCAUGCAAGGGCCCAAAUCCCGUUCGCCUUUGGGGCAUACUUGAAGGGUUUUCCCAAGGGUGCUGGCCGGCUAUCGGCAGGGGUGGCCCUCUUGGACAAGGACCCCGAGGCCAAAAAAUGGAACGACUCCAUUGUCUCAGACCUCUAUGGCAAAAUUGGCCAGGUCUUGCUGCGUCCCUUCGUUGCUCAACUUCAAGAUAAUCUAGGGAGGCCGGUUCAGGCUUCCGAUCUUCCCCAAGAUGACAUUAUCCAGGCGCAGUUCGAGAAAUUUCUGCGAGCCCAGCAACGGGAAGCUGAUCGAGCUGCGGGGAAAGAGCCUGAGCCCCCGUCUGAUGAUGAUGAGGAUGAAGAGGAAGAUGAAAUGGCCCCCGGUCAAUAAUUCAUAUGUACUUUUUUUUUAAUUCUUGUUGUAAUUUUCUUUUCUCCAAGUAGCCUGUACUUCCCGGUCAGUAGAACCGAUGAAUAUAUAUCCCUUUUUUGCCUGAAGCUUUGUGUACUUUCUUUUCUGUCUUUAAUGCAUGAUUUACUCGUCAUUCGGGAUUCGGC